AUGCCAUUGCACCUUGAUGCGAAGAGGGUUUUCACCCAGCGGUCGGAGCGGGUCAAGGGGCUCGAUAUUCACCCCACGGAACCAUGGUUGCUGAGCAACUUGUACAGCGGAAGCCUCGUCAUCUGGAACAUCGCGGACGGGACCAUGGUCAAGUCCUUCGAGGUCUGCGACCUCCCGGUCCGGGCGUCCAAGUUCGUGCCGCGAAAACAGUGGGCCGUCGCCGGGUCCGACGACAUGCUCAUCCGGGUCUUCAACUACAACACUAUGGACAAGGUCCACACGUUCGAGGCGCACACGGACUACAUCCGCUCGAUCGCGGUGCACCCGGCGGCGCCGUACCUCCUCACGUGCUCGGACGACAUGCUGAUCAAGCUGUGGGACUGGGACCGCGGCUUCCAGUGCGUGCAGGUCUUCGAGGGUCACUCGCACUACGUCAUGCAGGUCGCGUUCAAUCCCAAGGACUCCAACACGUUCGCGUCGGCGUCGCUGGACCGCACGGUCAAGGUCUGGUCGAUCGGGUCCCCGAUCCCGAACUACACGCUCGAGGGCCACGAGAAGGGCGUGAACUGCCUGGAGUACAUGUCGGGCGGGGACCGGCCGUAUCUCAUCUCCGGCGCGGACGACCGCACGGUGCGGAUCUGGGACUACCAGACCAAGGCGUGCGUGCACGUCCUCACGGGCCACGCGCACAACGUCUCCGCGGUCGGGUUCCACCCGGAGCUCCCUCUGAUCAUUAGCGGGUCGGAGGACGGCAGCGUGCGGCUGUGGCACUCGACGACGUACCGGCUCGAGCAGACGUUCAGCCACGGGAUGGAGCGGGCGUGGGCGAUCGCGACGCAGAAGGGCUCGAACAAGAUCGCGCUCGGCUACGACGAGGGCGCGGUGGUGGUGCAGGUGGGCCGCGAGGAGCCCGUUGCGAGCAUGGACCCCAGCGGGAAGGUGGUGUGGGCGCGGCACGCGGACGUGCAGGCGGCGAACAUCAAGAGCCUGGGCGACGGCGCGGCGCUCGCGGACGGCGAGCGGCUCCCGCUGGCCGUGAAGGACCUGGGGAGUUCGGACAACUACCCCGCGUCGCUGCAACACUCCCCCAACGGGCGCUUCGUGGCGGUGUGCGGCGACGGCGAGUACGUCAUCUACACCGCGCUCGCGUGGCGCAACCGCCACUUCGGCACCGCCACGGACUUCUGCUGGUCGUCCGACCCGACCGAGUUCGCCGUGCGCGACGGGACGACGCUGCACGUGCUGCGCGGGUUCAAGGAAGCCUCGUCGGUGCGGCUGCCGUUCGCGCCGGAGCAGAUGCACGGCGGGCACCUCAUCGGCGUCCGCAGCAAGGACUUCGUGUGCUUCUACGACUGGGCCGAGCAGCGGCUCAUUCGCCGCAUCGACGUCGAGUGCCGGGACGUCCUGUGGUCCGAGUCCGGCGAGUACGUCGCGAUCCUCGCGGACUCCUCCUUCUACAUCCUGCGCUACGACGCCGCGGCCGUCGCGGACCGCCUGGCCACGGGGGAGCCGAUCAACGACGAGGACGGCCUCGAGGAGGCCUUUGACGUGUUGCACGAGGUGCAGGGGUCGGUGCGGUCCGGGGCGUGGGUCGGGGACUGCUUCGUGUACACGAACGCGGCGUGGCGCCUCGCGUACUGCGUCGGCGGCGAGGUCACCACGAUGGCGCACCUCGACAGGCCGAUGUACAUCCUGGGCUACCUCGCGCAGCAGUCGCGCGUGUUCCUGAUCGACCGGGAGCACGCGAUCGUGUCGUACGAGCUCCCGCUCGCCGUGAUCGAGUUCAAGACGCUCGUGCUGCGCGGCGACGAGGCCGGCGCGGAGCAGGCGCUCAAGGGCGUUCCCGCGGGGCAGAUGGACAACAUCGCGCGCUUCCUGGAGGCGCGUGGGAUGCCGGAGCGGGCGCUCGAGGUCGCCACGGACCAGUCGUACCGGUUCGACCUCGCCGUGCAGCUCGGGCGGCUGGCGGACGCCAUGCUGAUCGCGCAGGCGGACGACAGCGAGACCAAGUGGCAGCAGCUGGGCGAAAUGGCCAUGCAGGCCGGGGAGCUCUCCGUCGCCGGAGACUGCCUCGAGCGCGCGCGCGACCUGCCCGGGCUGCUCAUGCUCUACACGUCGCUCGGGAACCGCGAGGGCCUCGAGUCGCUGGCGGCGAUGGCGAGCGACGCGGGGAGCUCGAACAUCGCGUUCGUGUGCUUGCUGCUCCUGGGCCGCACGGGCGAGUGCGCGGACCUCCUCGCGGCGUCCGGGCGGCGCCCCGAGGCCGCGUUCUUCGCGCGGACGUACUGCCCGAGCCGCGUGCCGGGCGUGAUGGCGGCGUGGCGCGAGGACCUGUCGACCGUGAACGCGCGGGCGGCGGCCGCGCUCGCGGACCCCGGCGAGGCCCCGGAGCUCUUCCAGGGCUGGGAGGAGUCGCUCGCUGCGGAGAAGCUCGCCGAGAAGAUCGCAGCACGGCGGGACCCGGCGGGCGCGUACGCGGUGGCGCGCGAGGCGCUGUCCGUCGACCUCGUGGAGCGCAUGCGGCAAAUGGUCGAGGCCGGCGGGUCCCCAGAGGACGCGGCACCGGAGCCGGCGCCGGCGCCCGCGCCUGCGCCCGCGGCGCCCCCUAAGGCGCCGGAGGCGCCAAGCACGCAGCCCGUCGCGCCGGUGCCUGCGCCGCCGCCGCCGCAGGAGCCAGUACAGCCGGCGCCGGGCGCGUCGUCGGCGAGCGAGGGUGUGGCCGUGGUGCCGGUGCCGGCGCCGACGCCGCCGAAGGUCGAGAGCCCUGCUGCGGCGCCGCCGCCGCCGGCGGGGGCCAAGAGUGCCGAGAAGAGCAAGGGCGAGGAGGACUUGCUGGGGCUGGACGACGACCUGGCGGGGCUGGAGGUGGGCGACGGUGACGAUCUGGACGACUUGGAAGGGGACGACCUUGACGACGAGUGGGGCCUGGACGACGGCCAGGAUGACUGA